UGUGUGUGUGUGUGUGUGUAUAAUAUGAAUAUAGACAUGAGCUGGAUUACCCUGGUGUUCUCAGCAGCUCUGCUGUCCUGUGGAGUUUCUCCAGCUCUCAGCCAUGUGCACUCUCUGUAUUACACCUACACGGCUCUCUCUAAACCUCUGAAUCUUCCUGGAGUCUAUGAGUUCACUGCACUGGGAAUGCUGGAUGAUCGAGAACUCGACUACUACAGCAGUACGUCUCAGACUAAGGUUCCUAAACAGGACUGGAUGAGAGAGAAGAUGCCAGCGGAUUACUGGGAGAAAGGAACUCAGUCCCGCAAGAGUAAGGAGCAGUGGUUUAAGGUCAACGUGGACAUCCUGAUUGACCGGAUGAAGCACAAUAAGACUGAUCUUCAUGUUCUUCAGUGGAGACACGGCUGUGAGGUUGAAGGUGAAAAUGGAAAAAUGAAAUUUAUCAAAGGAGUUGAUGAGUACAGUUAUGACGGCACUGAGUUCCUCUCCUUCGAUGAGGUAAACUCGAGGUGGAUUGCUCCAGUUCAGGAGGCUGAGCCGACCAAAAGGAAAUGGGAUGAUGUGGCCAUCCUUAACCAGUACACCAAGGGCUACCUGGAGAAAGAGUGUGUGGACUGGCUCUCCAAGUUCAUGGAAUAUGGAGAGGAAGCGCUAAAAAAACACUCUCCACCAAAAGUGCACAUAUUGUUUAAGAAACCAGUGACCAACCCCAGCAAGCUGACCCUGACCUGCAUGGCCACAGGGUUCUACCCUCCAGACAUAGAGAUGCAGGUGAGGAAGCUCCGCACAUCCCUACCUGAUCAUCUGGUAACAUCUACAGGACUCAGAGAAAAUGGUGACGGCACCUACCAGCUGAGGAAGAGUGUGGACAUCGAGGAGAAGGACAAAGAUCUUUACAGUUGUUAUGUGAACCACAGCACUCUUAUAGAACCAAUAAUUGUUCCAGCCGAGGGAGAGCCAUGCCCAAGCUGUGAACGCACGGGUCUUCUGGGUGGUAUUGCCGGUGCAGUGGUCGGAGUUCUGGUCACGCUGGCGGUGGUUGGAUGUGUUGUCUUUUACUUGAAAAGGAAACAAAAUGAUAGUACACAGGCGCAGAGUAAUGGAGGUGUUACAGCACCUGUUACAGCUCCAGUGGAAGUCCCCUUGCUCCCGAGCACGGCAGUUCCUAAUGGGACAAACAGCAAUGGAACUGACUCUGGACAAGGCACCGGUAACAACUCGCCAGACAGCAGCCAGGAGUCACUAAUUAAUGGUGCUGUGUAA